AUGAGGGAGAUCGGCUCGCGAACUCUUUUCCCGGGCACCUUGCGCAAAGGCGACAUUGGCGGCCACAUGAAGCAUCACAUCAGCGAGCAUUUCUUUUACUACGACCACCAGUCGACGAGGAUAUCCCCAAACCCGGGUGAUCCCAGGAAGAUUUCUCACCCGUCACCAGCUCAGUUUGCGCCGAGGGCUGCUUCGAUACGGCGGGGGGUCAAGCCCGUAGCGAGGCCCCCGCAAGGGGCAGGCCGCUCUCUCAUCCAACCUCAGCUGGCAAGGGAGGGGGCAUCGACGCACCACCAUCAUGUGGCGCCAGUGGGCUGGCGCCACUAG